CCCAGUUUCUGGUGCGGGCGUCGCACUUGGACCAGUAUCGCUGUCUGCAACGGCACUGGCAGAGCUACGACGCGUACGCGCGGGUGGCCAUGUUGACCGGCACGCUGUACUUUCUGACGGCCGCGAGCCUGUAUGCGUCGCUGUACUACUUCAAGACGUCCCCCUUCAUUUCCUUCGUCUCCGUCUUCGUCCUGGCGUGGUGCAAGCUCGCGGUUGCGAAACUGGACUUCAGCGCCAGCCGCGGGUGGCACCUUUGGUUCGACGUGUGCAUCUUCUGCGAGUCCUGCUGCCACUGCUGCGCCGUGUUUCUGGAGCGGUGCGACUACAGCGCGCAGAACCCGGAGUUUCGCUUCGUCAUGCGCCACCUGUGCACCGGCGUGCAGCUGUUCACCUUGUUUUCCUGGACCGUGGUGGUGGUGGUGUUGGCGCAGCCCGCGGGCGAGGAAGACGAAGACUUUUACGUGGAGGAAACGGAAGAAGGGUCCCCGAACUUCGUCGAAAUCCACCAUCUUGCUCCAGGGCAGAGGAAAGAACUGGACAAAAUUCCGGAGACGAGUGAAGUAGACCUGAACGCCGGCCCGCCGGAGGAACGUCGUGAACUGCUUGUUUUGCCGGGGCGUCAUGAAGAGCAGAAUUCUACUUGUUCGCGGCUCGUCGUCCCUUCUGGUAGUUCUCUACUUGUGCCCGCCACUGCUAGAAGGGGGUCCGCGAAAAUCGUCGUUCCCGCCCGGAGGAGAAAGAAGAGCCGGGAGUCUUUGUUUUCAAAAGCGCGGAACAGUUUUACGCUGCUGCGGUCCUCGGAAACGAGCGAACCGGACAGCGGCUAUGGUGGUCCCACCUUCGGCGCGCAUUCUUUCGGAUUGCAUGUCAAUUUCAACGAAGGUUAUUUACAAGAGAGACAUGAACUGAAUCUGAAUCCGCUGCAGGAGCAACAGCAACGCUCUUGGGACGGGAACAACCAGGACGCGGGCGUGACUGUAUCAGCUUCAUCUGCUGGCGCCCGAGGUGACAAGAACAGAAAAGCGCACACCUCCACCUCUGCGCCACCUGCCGAAGCCGACCGUUCCGCCAGCUCGCAAACGGGGUUUCCUUUGCAGAUGACGGAUAUAAACGAUGAGAAGGCUACAGCUUCUUCUGUGCACGCCAGGACAAGAACUAUGGUGUCCACGAGUUGCGCUCCUCAAGUGCGAGCGAAGGAACACCACCCCUUGCUUUUCGAGCGGGUGAAGCGGCGCGCCCAUUUGCCGACCCGGUUCCGUUCCGUCGCCUACAUGGACGCCCUGGCGUGGCGGCGCGCCGACCUGGCACUCGGUGUGGGGCCGCCGCCCUAUCCUGUGUAAAAACGUCCCCACCUUCAGACUUGUCGUACAAAUCUGCAAGCUUCAAAUGCUAUCUGGUAGUUUAUCAGGGUAGAGCCAGGAUAUAAUGUCCGUCGACUUGUGAUGCUGCAGCUGCACUAGCUAAAAAAACAGGAUGACUACACUGCGAGCCAAAAGUUGUCAUGCGCGACAGGAGCCAAGACUUGUUCGUUUCUGUAGCAAAGCCACCAUUUUGACUCUGGGGUGGGGACGUUUUUACACAGGAUGCGCCCGCGAAUUUCUUCUACCACCAGAUGGCUCCGCCAACUCCGGGGAACUACUCUGUUGUUCGAGGAGAGGAAGAGCACAGAGACAUAAACAGGGGCGCGACUUCUAGUACGACCCGAGGUGAUAUUUCCAAGUACAACAACAAAAAAGCCCCAAUACCGGGCGUGGACAACGCGCAGCUCCUCGAGGCAGGUGUAGGUUUGCGAGGCGGUGUGCCAGCUAGAAUGGACGAGAAAUUCGCUCUCUCCUCUACAGCUGGGAAUAAGAUUGGAGUAACGGCCACCUCCUCCUCGCAUCGUCCCAAUGCGGGUGACUCAUCAGACGCCGGCCGCAGGAAUGAUCAAACGCUUGCCUCUGCCGUGUUCGACACGGUCGUCAAGGCCACGGCCAGUCUCGGGUCCGCGGCGUUUGCGUUGUUCCAGCGGAUGCGGGCGAAUAGAGGAGGAGCCGGCGUUUUAAUACAGGGAGAUCCGCAACAUGCUGGUGGCUCCGAUUUGGAAAACCUUUCGCAAGACCGACCAGCACCGGGUCUAGGUACAUCUUCGACCGCGGUGGUUGGUAGAAGCACAGGCAGUGUGGGUACUAGUGGAACAAUGAUAAGUACAAAAGAGGUGGACAACUACACAAAAACAACCCUCCCAAAUCAAGAAAUUCCGUUCGAGGCGCGGUCCAACACUCCCGCGGUGCAAUAUCUCCAUGCUCCAUGCGCAAUCCCGGUCGCCCCCGUCGUGGGAAGCGAGGCAGACCGGGCGGUGUCGCACUUGAUCCACUUGGCGCACGAGAAGCAGCACGGACGAUUCUUCGAAAGUGCGGACGCGAAGGAGCUGCUAGCCGGGGCUUUGGUGGUUCAGGAAGAGGCGGAGAUUUUCGGAAGUAGUAGUAAUUAUAAAACGACGCCAGAUGAUGAAUUAAGAAAACAACCUACAGCAUCUUCCUCCCUUCAAAACCAUUUGAACACAACGCCGACCUGUUUCCCGGAUUUGAGCAGCGUGUUCAGGUCUGCGGGGACAAGUAGCAGCAGCAGAGGUCCCACGCGUGCAGCUGGGGAUGAAGAAGAGCACCUCCGCCGGGACCAGCAUUUAUUUAAUCGGGGAGCGGAAAGAACCGGGAAUGAUAAUUCUAAUUCCAGUGGACGAGAAACAGAGAUAGAGGCAUCAGCCUCUGCUGUUCUAGCUGAAACAACCACCAGCAAAACCAGGCCGCAUGAUCAUGCUGCAGCUGGUAAAAAGUUCGCUGAAGCAGCCGAGGCGACAGAAGCUCUAGUAGUAUCACCCGACAGGCGAGAGAAAUCUCUACUCGGAAAUUAUAACCAGAACGCAGCGGACGGCCGAGAAACCGCAUUAAGAGGCCGUGAUUCUUUCUACCUUCGGGACACACACCAGGAGCAAUUUCGACACACCGGAGAGGUGCUGCUUGUUUUCGCGCCCCACACGGCACGGGAGAUCAUCGCAGCGGCGUCUACUUUCGAAACAUCGUGGUCUUCCGGACACGAAGCAAAUCGUCUAUUAGAGCCAUGCUUUGUUCGAAACAGAAUUGCGUCAGCCGCGGACUACUACACCAGUUGGGUGUUCGUGCUCCAGGAGGUGAGUUACUGGCUGAAAUUCGUGGAGAAAUACGACCCGGAGCAGGAACAUCUGGACCUGUGGCACGGAAGGCUGGGUCGGAUGUAUGCGCAGUUUCAGAAUGCUGUAGAGGAAGUGUGCGCGAGAAUUGUAUCAGUUGUAGAUGAUCAGUCUGAAGAUGCAUCGGGAACAACCCCUACUACUACACAAUUGGCGGUGAAACCGUUUCAAGUGCCGGAAAAGCGGUUCGUCGAAGUAAACGGGUUUGAUGCGUACUCGGGACUGUGGUUCCAGACCUACUGUGGCGUCGACGGGGACGCUUACUUUGCCGGAGAUUAUGGAACGGAUUCUGCUCAGGCACAUGCAAGCAGUGAGAAUGCCAGCUUUGUCAUCACGGAGGACGAUGUGGAGGCCACUCUGCGACUGCUGGAGAACGGGCUGCAACACGUCGAGUCGUGUUUAAGUCGGAUGAUGAUUUCUGCUUCAGCAGUGCUGGAUGAAGGCGGAAAUAGCUCUACUCUUGUGGCAGAAGUUGUUGCAGAAAAAGGUACAACAACAACUACGAAAGAAGCCACAUGCACGUCAAGAGGCCGCGCAGGCGAAGAGAUGUUGAACACCGACAUCGACGUUUUGAACUACAAGACUGCAGCCAGCACUGGACGAGAAGGAGUUCUUGGGAGCAGAAGUGAGCAAAGAUUGUUACUGCAAAAAUCGGAAUCCAGAAGCUCCACGAACCGCGACAAUGAAUCCAACCACCUGCUCGAGCAGAUCACCGAGGCCAGCGGGUCGAACACGGGCGGGAGCACUCGCGACCGCACGGGCGGCAGUUCCUCCAGUUGCACCACGUAUGGCGCGGGGGGAAACUACUACGGCGGUAGCUACCACUCCCUGCAGUUCCCGGUGUCCGUGGUUAGCCCGCCGCCGAGGCGAAGUCAGGAAAGAGGUGGUAGGAGGAGCUUUAGCAGGAGAAGCAGGAGAGAAGUAGACGAAGAGGACAACCAAGUUAUUCGGAUGAACGCCGAUUCCAGCGAAAACUCGUCGAAUAGCAACCUGUACUCAGAAAUUCUUCUGAUGCACAACAGUUCGGACGAAGAGCGGGCCGCACUGGGGGUGGAUACAGGACUGGAAAAAAGUAAAUGCUUGAUCGUAGACCAUGCUGAAAACCAGAAAGGAAAGAACAUAGCAGGCGACAGGGACGACGAAAGUAUAAGUAACACCAGAAAGACGCCGAUAAAAAAAGAACGGGUGGAUAGUGUGCCAUCAAAGGGUGGGACCACGUCGAAAAGAACUAGGAACAGAAAGAACAGGCGCAUUAAUACACCUGGUGGGUUUAGAAGUACUAGUAGCGACGGAGGGAACAUCAACCAGCAGGACGAGAUAGUUAUUACAGAGGACGAAGGAGAAACGAAUUCUACACCAGCAGGAGGUGCAAAAACUAGUCCUAAACUUCCACGUGACGAGACCUCCUGCUCUCCUGCAGGAUCCAAAAUGGCACGAGACCACCAGCGAGCCCAGCUGCUGAACAACAACACUUUCGAUAUGACGAUCCAAAUUAGUGACUUUGACCCUUUCUCGAACUCCUGCCGUCGCCGACUCUCCUCGGAAGACGGGGUAAUGUCCGCACAGAGUGAAGAUCUCCAUGCUAGAACUGGGCCAAAUUCGCCGAGUUCAUCGUCGGAGGCUGAUCAUCAAGACUCUUCUCGGCUCGGUAUGAGUAAGAGCCAUCCGUUGUUGUUUGGCGAGGAUCUCCACCUAGCUGCGCCCUCUCAAGGACGAGAGCCGUCAACGCCACCAAUAGCAAGAAGUGGUGAAGAAACGGAGUUUCCGCUCCGGCGAGGCAGCACGACCGUGCAGCCGGCGUUGCUGUCGUCGCAGACAUCGGCAGAGGAUGAACUUCGAAGCGGAGGUUCGCCAGAAAAUAAGAGUAUCAACAUCGUGUACGCAGCAGACGAGGAGUACGACGAGAAUUAUCUGAAAGACGCAAAAUUCGACAGCCGACUGACCGUUCUUCCCUUCGCGUCGCCGCCGGCAACACUUUUCACCGAUGACGACCGAAGUUCCUCUCAUUCUUCACACGAAAAGCCAGGAGCCAGUGGAACUAGCACCAGUCGGAGAAGCUCUGUUGCCGGCGUAGCAAAUGUGGUUUCCCGGAGGCGGCAGAUAGCCUCGUGCGAGGCAGAGGAGAGUGGAAGAGCGGAAAGUGUAAUCAUAGGCGAAGCUGCGUCCUCGUCCAGUCAAAACACGAUGAACAUCAGGCCGGUGGUGCCGGAAAAAAAUGCCACGCUAGAAGAGCCCUCCAAUGUCACGGGAACAGAAAAUUGCGACGAAAUAAAGGCAGAAGCGAACAGCUACGAAGACGGGCCUCUAGAGAGACAAAUAGAAGAUGUUGAUGACCGGGAGUGUAAAGUGCUUGCCGGAACCGCGGUGCAAAAGAAGUACUUGCAAGUGCCGGGGAUAGAAGUAAGCGCGGCGGGGUACGGUAAGAAUAAGAAAGCGAAGCCGAAAGCGCUCCCGCCUGUAGGCGAGGAUGGUUCUUCCACUGGCAAAGGGAAAGAAAAAAUAAAAUUUGGUCGCACGUGCCAGCUGCUUGGAUCAGCACCAGCAGGAAAUUCGCGAGAAGUAGGAAAGACUGACCAAACAGCAGCUCGUGGCGAAGACGAGAUACACGGAACUACAACACAUCAGAAGGAGAAUAUCAAAAGCAACGCCGCUAUUGCCAGCAAGCCACCAGAGCGCCAGCGGUUGCACUACAAGUUGCGAAAAGUACCGUGUUCUGCCCCAGAUUUCGGCAAGGAAAUCGACAUCGUGUGCAACGGGUUGGGGACAACCUACGACGACGGGGCCGCCUGGCAGGCCGCCGCGCUCCCCUUGCGGAUCUUCAACGGGGUGUCCUUUCUCCUGCUGCUCGCCUACAUUGUGCUGACCAUUCAAUCCUUGCUGCGUGCCUAUUUCUGCGACGACGACCAGAAACUUAUCGCCUUGAGAAACGAAAGGUCGGCGGACAAAAUCUUGGAACAGGUCAGCAACUUCCGCGUGGAAGACUUCUACGAGGUAAAGUUGCUGCACGAAGAAGACGAAUGCGACGCUUCGCAGGAGUUGCAACAUCAGAGAUAUAGUGACGGAACUAGUACAGGUUCUUUCUUAUUUUCCUCUGAUGUACAAGACGCAUCACGAUCAAGAUCAGCAUCGUCUCAGGAACAGCAGCUGCACAAUAUGAAAAAGCCGGCGACAAAAGCGGAGAAAUACGUGAUCGAGCUUUUAAAACGGAUCGAUCAGUCCGGCAGCAACGUGGUUUACUUCACCAACGCGCCCGUUUCCCCCCACUCGCCUCGCUUCGGCGAGCACGAGGAGCACAGGAGCAAGAGCAAGAGCAAGAGCGGGCGGUUUUUUAUGCAACGGAGGAAAAGCUUGUCAAAUCUGUUCGGCGCGCCGGGGAUCUCGUCUAGUAGUACUUUGAUGAAAACCACCUACCAAGACCAGAACCCGAGCGCCUCUGUUCCUGGUGGGGUGUUGUCCCCUUUCGAAAACAGCACGCCGCAGUCCACGCCAGACACGACACCCUUCUCGUCGCCGGCCCUGGGCAGGUUCGGCGGGAUGGGUGGGAGGGACCACUCUGCAGGCGCCACCGGAGCAGAAGGUCCGAAAGAGGCUCCGAACCUGCAGUAUCGCCAGGUACUGCGAAAUCUUCACCUGAGAAAUACUAACUCCGUGGGCGAGGAUUUAUCCGAACCAAGGCCGCCACGACAAGAGGCCAUUUAUGCAGCUCAGCAGGCAACGCUACCGCCUCUUCCAGUCGUCCAACCGCAAAAUAGUAAUUAUCACAAACCCUCCCUCCGGUUUUUCGCGGAAGGGUUGCACAGCGGGGUGUUCCGCCACGUGGCUUGCCGAGCGGAGUGCGGCCGCAUGGUCUUAGCAACGGCCUUCUCCGUGUACUUCCCCGAGGAGAGCGAUAUUGACGCUGUGAGCCGGCAGACGAACUUGCAGAAGCACAAGAGCUGCGAAUUUUUCGGCAAGGAGAUCGUGUCCAUCUCGUUGGAGAAGACUUCCUGCGACGUUUUAGUUCUGUUCGCCAACGGGAGCAUUGCGAGGUGCAGGAGUAACACGGCGGGGGACGAUCAUGCCACCGGGAGGUCAACGUCUUCCUUUUCCAGCAAAACCACGAAAGUGGAGUUCGCCGGGGGCGGGUUGCGGCGGGCGGAAAAGCGCGCCGAGGCGCUGCUGCCGUUCCCCGGGCAUCUUUACAGUCACGGCGGUCGUGCAGCUGGGGACGGGCAGGUGGGUGCUGGAAGUAGCUGGAGCACAAGACCCUACGACCAUGAUAUGCUGAUGGCAGUGAAGACAAAGCAAAAUAACGAGGGGCUGUUGCUGUGGCUGUCGCAGCACCAAACCAAACCAAAGGUAAGACCACCAGCAGGAGCAGCUGCGCCACACGGGCCGCCCUCUUCUGCGAAAAAUGUGAGAACAGCACAGGGGCAGGAACAAGAUCUUCAGACUGCUGCAGCAGCUCCUGCCUCGGAUCAUCCAAACAGUUCUACUUCGUCCUCAACUGCUAGUAAUCUGUCGAGAAGACGCGACGUACUACUGCCACACGAGCUGCUGAGAAGAAGAGACGGGAACAGCACGGAAGAAGUAGAGCAGGAACAACUUCUACAACAAGUAUCUGCUGCAAGAAGGCGCAGCAGUCCCCAGGAAGAAAUAUUGAAUUCCCCCAACGACGACCCACCAGGAAAAGUCUACUACAAGCCGAAGUCGCGAUUUCUUUCCCUCCCGCUCACUUUUGAGGAGACCAAGCUUCCGUUACGGGAGAUAAAGUUCGGGAUUUUUGCCGGCCAGGACCGGAUGCUGUGGCACGACAAGUCCAGGAGAACCUACGUGUUCGGAAGGGAGAGAAAUGAAGUCGAGGAGGAUGUUGGCUCUGCGAGCAGCGCUGUAAGAACGUUUCAGCAAACGGAUUUCAAACUUCUGACUACAAUUCAUCAUCCCGAGUGGCGGUCGGCCUGUUCCCUGUCAGAGGACCGGUUUCUGCUCUUACGCGUCGGCGCGCUCGAAGUGAUGCGGCGGAAUUGAUGGGAGAAGUGAAUGAUUGAAGAUGAAGAAAUAUUAAAGCAGCUGGGAAAAGUAAAAACUCAAGGGGAAAGUGUACAUAGAAAAUUGCUCUGCUUUUUCAAAUGCAUGCGCAAGUAGUCAUGUGCCUUCGCUUGCUUUUACGACCUCAAGAUUCGUGAUACGAAUUCGAAUACCACAUGCAACGACCAUUUUUUUUUGCGAGGUACCAAUAGACAAAACCACAUUUAUCCACAUCUAUACGUAGAACUCAAGUGCGACAACCACAACUCGAUAGAACCUUUUUUUGCAAUAGAUUCAACGAUUUUAUCUCUGCUUCUAGGGAAUACCAGAAAGAUUUACACAACUGACAGGCUGUACACCUGAUCACUUGAUGACAAAUUGCAGGCGAGUAGAAUGAUUUGCAUAUGGGAAUAUUCAAGAACGCAAGCGGCCAAAAAUUGUACUUUUUUGCCAAAAAUUUGGAAUUGCAAACUUUGAAUUUUGGAAGACAUCAACAGCAGUAAGUACUUGUGGAGAAUGCUAGAAUACACAGACACUCCGAUUACAGAUAUAAUGAACGCGCCACUUGUCGUGUAUGUACACGAGAACAUUUUUUCAACAACAAAGCGACAUAGAACGAACGAAGUCGAAGAACG